GGGUUCUAGAGGGGAGGGGGGUGGGAGGAUGGGUUAGCCUGGUGGUGGGUAUUGAGGAGGGCACAUUCUGCAUGGAGCACUGGGUGUUAUGCACAAACAAUGAAUCAUGGAACACUUCGUCUAAAACUAAUGAUGUAAUGUAUGGGGAUUAACAUAAGAAUAAAAAAAAAGAAUGCUAAUAUUAUGGAGAGACAAAAAUGCAACUUUAAAUAUUACUUUGGUAAUGACCACCCCUUGAUAUUGCCCGUAAAGAGGCCAUUAACACCCAACACAUAGCUGCUGUUUCCUCCCACCAGCAAGAAGAAUCCCUAACGUAAGCUGUUGGCUGUUGCACAAAUAUGUUAACCCAGAAACCAGAUUAAGUCCUAAGACAUUAGAACGGAAAAGAACCUCCUCUUAUCCUUGGGGUUAAGAAGGGUGAAGCCCCGAGAUGGGAAGUCCCCUAUUUCAGAUCACACAGUGCGCUCUUGGUAGCUGUCCUUGCUGUGCCUCAAACAUUUUGCCUGAGCGUUUGCAGAAGUGCACAGAAGAAAAUGCAUGUGUGCUCUGCCUUGCCUGCACUACUAUAAGACCCUGCAUGUUUCCUGAAGGCCGGAGUAGCAUUGGACUUACCCACCUGUCUCUAUCCCUUCGCACAUACAUUGGCCAAAAACUAAGUAUUUGCACACGAGUGAUCUCUUCUGAUCUUCACAGAAACCGUUUGAGCAAGCAGGGCAGAUUUUUGUCUCCGUUGUAUAGACACCAGAAAGGUCUCAGUGAGGUGGAGUGUUUUGUCCAAGGUCGCAUGGCACGUGGGUAACUGCAACCCGAUUCUUUACUCUCAGAUAAACCUGCUAUCCUUCUGGAUCCAGGGGACACCCUUAAGCUCAUGUUGUAGACCAGCCCAAUGAUUAAGGGCUUGGCUCUUCUUUCAUAAUCCAGCUAGUCAGUCCUCCUGUGACUCACUUUCUUUAUCUGUAAAGUUAGGAGGAUAAUAGUAACUAUCUAACUCAAGAAGAAUCAAGUAAACAAACACAUACAAAGCUCUUAGAAUAGUGCUUGGGACAGAGUUAGUGCUCCAUGGGUAUUAGCCAGGACUCUAACAAGAUGCUUGGCAUCAGUGGGUAGAUAGUUUGGCAGUCCUCAAAGGACAUUAGUGGUCCAUGACAUGUAACAAUUUGUUGUUUUGCUGAGACAGAAGUUAACUACUCCCAGGGAAUGUUAUGGUGAUGAUCAUCUUACAAGACGCACACAUUAUUUUUUGUGAAAAAUGACCACUGAGGGAGUGAGAAUAGUGUAAAUCCAGGUAACUGGGGGAGACACAGGCAGGAAGCAUGUGCCUCUAGAAUGGCUGUGUGUAGGCAGAGAGCAGGAGCCUUUCUGGAGCAAAACAGGAGGUCUCUGGGAAACCCUUACAGAUGUUGGUAGAAGGGUGUCAUCCAGACGUCGUUUAGCCAGGGGCUGUGGAACACAGGGCCUGCCUUGCAAGUCCCAAGGAGGAAUGUUAAGUGCCCAGAGGACACAGAACAAUGUAUCAGUCUCCAACUGUGGCUCCAGAAACCCACCUGGACGCCGAGUGAGCGUGCCCAGAUGAGACUGAAAGGCCCCUUCCCUGGUCCUCACUCAAGCCCUAAGGCUUACCACCCCAGUAGUGGAAAGAGAUCCAGCCAUCCCACGCUGUCCCAAAGCCAAGCCCCAGGCUGCUCACUCCAGGCCUCCUGAGGACAAGGUGGUGGGCCUGCUACGUGGCAGGAAGAGCUGGUCCUGAAAUUUGUUGGGUUGAUACUGGGUUGUCCAAGCACAAAUGUGAAUAGAUAACGUGGCAUAAAUUAGUGCAUUGGGGUAAAACUGGCCGUGAUUUGAUGAGGUGUUUGUAGGAAGGACGCUUGUUCUCCCUAGAGAUGAGAGAGAAUGAUAUAUUGUUCAGGGUGGGACGGUGCCAUCAGAGAAUCUGGGGCCUGGAGGCAAACAGACCUACAUCCAGAUCCCAACGUUGGCUCUGUAUCGUACUCUGCAUUUGGGCAAGCGAUCCCAUUUCCCCAAGCCUCAGUUUUUUCAGCUGUAAGAUAGGAAUGCUAAUUCCUACCCCUGCUUGUUGUAAGGGUUAUCAAUACUCUAGGCACUUGCUCAGUGGCGACCACCACGCCAGGGCUCCUACUCUGUGCCCGAUGCCUCCCCAUACUUCGUCUCAUUGUUCUGCAGAUGUCACAACUUUUGGUACACCGAUGUGCUAUUAUUUACUUAAUAACUUUCUAAGUCAGCUCACUUUUUCAUUUAAGCCUCAUCCUGAGCAAUCGUAGCCAUGAAAUUAUGGGUUUGAUAUGCUUUUUUUUCCUAACAUGCCUUAAAAUAUACGCAUACCCUUUAAAACAACAAUUUUCUUUGUGUGAGACCGAAGACAGAAGAAAAAGAAAAAAAGAGCCAGUGUGCUAAGCAACAUUGAUAUGCACACCACACUUGGGGAUGCCCAAAUGUCCGAAUUUAAUCCCCAAGCCACCCUGUCAAGAGGAGAACUCUUUUUGAGAUAAAGAGAUGGAUUUCCCACUCAACAGCACGCAUCCAAUCAGCACCUUCGAGUGGUCAGUUUGACAUUCCUUCCAGACGUUUUCUUUUUAAGAGGAAUCUUUCAGAUCCUCAAUCUUCUUCUUGCCAGUAACCAAAAAGAGCAAAACAUUGUAGGGAGUGCUCCUUGGAACACGCAAGGUUUCUGCAAGGUUGUUUUCCUUUUGAAAAGAUUCAUAUUCAUCUCAGUCCCUUGUAAAUCAAACCCAAACCUCCAACGUGAGGAGGAAACAAACAACUUUUAAUGGAGCUGACUGGAGGUGCCAGGAGUGAACCUUCAAGGCCAAUUUGUGCUUCCAGCCAGACCAUAUUUAAACAUAUCUGCCAUAUGAUUCCUUGACAACCUCCUCCCCACCCCAGCGCACCUUCGCACUCCUGGGUUGACUAGAAAUCCACCCCCCCAACAGAGGGCAUGGGGUGACCUCAUUGGGCCCUGUUAGAGCUCAGGAAUCUACAGGCAUUCAUCAGAACCAAGCAACUUUCACGAUGGCAUGGCUUCAAUGAUGGGGCAUCUGGAGACUCCAAUCCUGGGGUAUUGCCACUUGCCUUCACAGUGCUGUCCUGCGUGUGAACGCCUCAGUUCAGGUAUGCUGCAGAAUUCUCUAGAACUCUCUGGGCUGCAAGAGACAGAAGCCACCUCAACCAAAGAACUCCUCAUAAGGAUACAGAGGCAUCCCAAGGAAAUCAGGGCAGGACUGCAGAGGAGCCUCAGGAAGGGCCCAGUGUCACAGAGCUCCCCUCCCCCUCCCCUGCAAGCCCUCUCUGUCCCAGUUACAUCCUGUGUGUCUCAUUCAUGCCCUCUUCUGAGCAGAUCAUCUGUCCCUGCUUCCAACAUUCUUGGGGCAGAAAGUGGCCAUCCACAGUUGUAGAGUUUUAUGCCACCCAGGGAGAGACUGAAAUGCCCUCUCAGGCCCAGUUCCACACUCCCAGUGAAAGGGCUAUACAGUCUGGCCCACCAGUCCAUUUUCCUCCCUGUAACCAGGUUAGUGAUCAUUUUUUUAAAGAUUUAUUUAUUUAUUUUAGAGAGAGAGAGAGUGUGUGUAGAGGCAGAGGGAGAGUGAGAAUAUCAAGCAGACUUCCCCCUGAGCACAUAGCUGGACUCAGGGCUCCAUCCCAGGAGCCUGGGAUCAUGACCUAAGUCAGACGCUUUAUCAACUGAGCCUCCCAGGCACUGCAUCUCAGUGAUCAUUUCAAAAUGUAAUCUGGUUAUAGUCCUCCUUAUGUGUCUGUAUUAUGACUUUUGGAUUUUUAUUUGUCUACCCCCAUUUAACUGCUCACUCCAUCAGGAUCGGGAUAGGUCCGUUUAUUCUCCUACUGAGCCAGUGCUCCUCAAUAACAGCAGUGUUCAUGCUGGAGCCUUUAACUGAAUCAUCCCUCAGAGCCUUUCAGAGCAGCCAAGUUUCAAAGCCAUAUAAAAUAUUUGAGCUGCUGCCCUUUGGGAAACCAUGCAUGAUGCUGUCAUAGGAAAUUAUAUUCCAGAUCAUAAGAAGCCAUUCGGCUACUCAAAUUGUGGUCCAUGGACCAGCAACAACAGCAUUGCCUGGGAGCUUGUUAAAAAUGCAGAAUCUCAGGCCCAACCCCAGCCCUACUCAGUAGGAAUCUGUAUUUUAACAAGUAGAUUCAUGUGCACAUUGAAGUUUGAGGAGCGCUGGGUUAGAACAUCCUUUUCUAUGUUCCUGUAACCUCUCUUGAUUUCUUUCCAUUAUAAGUGCUUCUUUAGUGUUGGACAUCUUUUUUAGCCUGUGAGCCUCGUGAGAGCGGGGACCCUGGCUGCUUUCCUCAGCUCUUCAACUUCGGUGCCUGGGACAUCGCCCAGCAUAGAUAGGCAAGGAUGGGUUUUUUCCCCUCCUGAAAUUAUUGCCCAGAAAAGGGCCCAUCCAACGUCUUUCAUAUUAAUGAAUGCUCUAUAAAUUACUUUGUUUUGAACAAAAGAUACUGCCUGGGAAAGGCACAUUAAUGUGAAAAUGACCUCAAAGCUAGCUAGUUUGGUGUUUGCAGAGGUCACUCAACGGAGUCAAUGAACAAUGGGUAAAGAAAUACAACCCAAUUUAGUCAUCAUUUCUGGAAAGUAUGACUUCACAAUUGUAAUUGCUAGACAGCACCAUACAUGCCUUUUGAAGAUCAUCUUUAAAUAUAUUAUGGUGUGUGGUAAUGUUGUAGGGUCAUGACAUACAACCACAGAAUCGUUUUUAAAAAAAAACAACAGUUCAUCCAAGACUUCCCUCCCAGCUGCACACUGUGGAUGAUGCUACCUCAUUCGCCUUCAGGAGCUGAGGAGGAAAGACCACAUCUGGCAGGUCGUGGGAAGGUCCCUGCCCUGCCUUUUGCCAGCUGGUCAUGGGCCUUUGCACGCACUGUUCCUGCCGCCUGCAAUUUCCCUGCCUGGCUAACUCCCAGUAAGGAAGACACACAUGGAGAGGGAUGGUUCUUCCUCAGGAUGUUGUCUUGUCUGGGUGUGACCUCUAAGCCAAUGGCAGCCAUCUUGAGACCAGGAGGUGAUCAGGUUUGAGGAUAUUCCUGACGGACAUUAAGGAUGUAGGGGAGGGAGCCACAGCUGGAGGCUGCUCUUGUGCCAAUGACCCUUCCCAAUUCUUCCGGCGCCUUCGAAGACAAGAUGUGCGAGGGGAACAAGACCACCAUAGCCAACCCCCAACUCAUGCCCUUGGUGGUGGUCCUGAGUGCCAUCUCCUUGGUCACAGUGGGACUCAACCUGCUGGUCCUAUAUGCCGUGCGGAGCGAGCGGAAGCUACACACUGUGGGGAACCUGUACAUUGUCAGCCUCUCCGUGGCAGACUUGAUCGUGGGAGCUGUCGUCAUGCCCAUGAACAUCCUCUACCUCCUCAUGUCCAAGUGGUCCCUGGGCCAGCCUCUCUGCCUCUUUUGGCUUUCCAUGGACUACGUCGCCAGCACAGCAUCCAUUUUCAGUGUCUUCAUCUUGUGCAUCGAUCGAUACCGCUCUGUCCAGCAGCCCCUCAGAUACUUGAAAUAUCGUACCAAGACCCGAGCAUCAGCCACCAUCUUGGGGGCCUGGUUUCUCUCCUUCCUGUGGAUUAUUCCUAUUCUGGGAUGGCAUCACUUUAUGUCACAGUCCUCGGAACACCGGGAAGACAAGUGUGAGACAGACUUCUAUGAUGUCACCUGGUUCAAGGUCAUGACUGCCAUCAUCAACUUCUAUCUGCCGACCUUGCUCAUGCUCUGGUUCUACGCCAAGAUCUACAAGGCUGUACGGCAACACUGCCAGCACCGAGAGCUCAUCAAUGGAUCCCACCCUCCCUUCUCUGAAAUUAAGCUCAAGCCAGAGAACCCCAAGGCAGGGGCCAAAAAACCAGGGAAGGAGUCUCCCUGGGAGGUUCUGAAAAGGAAGUCAGAAGAUGCCCACGGAGAGCCUGUCUUGAAGCUACCAUCCCAAGACCCAGGGGAGAUGAAAUCCCCAGGUGUCUUCGGCCAAGAGGAGGACAAAGAAGUGGACAGACUCCAGUGCUUCCCACUUAAUACUGUGCAGGUGCAAACUGAGGCAGAGGGGAGUGGCAGGAGUUACGUAGUUUUCAACCAGAGCCAGAGCCCGCUUGGGAUGGAUGAACAGAGCCUGAACAUGCCUGGGGCCAAUGAGAUGUCAGAGGAUCAGAUCCUAGGUGAUAGCCAGUCCUUCUCCCGGACAGACUCAGACACCCCCACAGAGUCAGCAUCAGGGAAAGGUAAACCUACAAGUGGGUCCAGCAUAGGCCUUGAUUACAUCAAGUUCACUUGGAAGAGGCUCCGCUCACAUUCAAGGCAGUAUGUGUCUGGGCUGCACAUGAACCGAGAACGGAAGGCCGCCAAACAACUGGGUUUUAUUAUGGCGGCCUUCAUCCUUUGCUGGAUUCCUUACUUCAUCUUCUUCAUGGUCAUUGCCUUCUGCAAGAACUGUUGCAAUGAGCGUGUGCACAUGUUCACCAUCUGGCUGGGCUAUAUCAACUCCACGCUGAACCCCCUCAUUUACCCCUUGUGCAACGAAAACUUCAAGAAGACAUUCAAGAAAAUUCUGCACAUUCGCUCCUAAGGGAGGCAACGAGAGGAUGCAAACAAAGCAAUGUUCCUGAAGAAAAUGGAGGAUGAAGCCCUGUGAGUUGCCAGGCACCUGGGCUUUCUGGAGUCAAAAAGAAAAGUCUUAAGGACUAGUAACUUGGAAAGUUCUUAGGUACCAUUGGCAGAACAGCAGAUGGCGGUGGUCAGCAGAUAGAUUGUGUACUCUGAGCAGAGAGCAGGAUAUUUCCAAGAGAAUCAGAUCUGGAUGAGUUCUCCUGCUCCUCAGGAAGUGUGGGAGCCUCAGACUCUCAUUGUAAUUCAAGCUUGCAGACUGGAAUUAAUUGGAAACCGAAGGGACACGUGGGGAGAGUUUCACUGGUGAAUUAGACGGAACUCUUAAGCCUUCCUGGAAUGGAGUUAUAGGACUGUGUAGAGACCUUACAUAUGCAGAUAGAUGCUGUCCCCUUCCAGGGGUCACCUUGAUAGGCAUGACAACAAUUCUAUCGUGACUGUGGUCACUUCUUAGAACACCUCUCCUCUGAGCCCCUUCUACAGCUUUCUCAGAACCAGUGUCUGAACCACCUUGGAAAUUCUGCCUUAUUAUUUCUCAUUCACGCAUAUCUUAGAGUUAGUAGGAAAUUAUGAAGCUUGUACGUUCACUGUUUUCAACCCCCAAUUCCUCUUGACUAGUAACAAAAAAAUGAUAAAAGAUGGCCUCAAAAGAAAGAGGAAAAGGGUAUUUUUUAACGGUUGCAAAAUAAAAACAAAAAAAUGUGAAUGGAGAGAAGAAAGCCACGUUUCUUGAAGGCUGGGUUAUGCUUAUCUCAUUGAAGCUCUAUGACACCCCACAGCAGGAGGAUGGUGUUACUAGAGGAGCAAAUUGAGGUGUGGCAAGGUGAAAUAAGGUGCCCAACAUCACAUAGUUGGAAUGAAAACCCGGUGGGGUUCCAGCUUAUUGUCACAUGUUACCUCCAAAUGGCAAAAAUUUGUCCUGUUAAGUAUACAACACAUACACACACACACACACACACACACACACUAUUCCUGAAAGUGGUGGCAAUUCUCAAAAGGAUGUGUUGAGAGAAGGAAUUGCUGACAUAGAAUAUGCCCGAGGCUGCAGAAGGUGAUACUUUGAAGGCACAGUGUGCAUUUUUAUCUGUGAGUUCUGCUGUGUUUGUUGAAGAAAAGUCAUCAUGUUCUUUUAUAGGCACACUUUUUCAGUAGUUUCCCAUGCCUUUCACUAGCAAAGGCAUGGGAACAUCCAGUUUUCCUUGGGUUUAUAUCGCAAUCCAGUUGUGAUUUAUAUUUUAAAACUUAAUGCCAAACUGUCAUAUAUGUAGAAAAAUGUAGUGCGUGUAAAAGCUGAUAUUUUGUCUCUUGUGUUCCUGUUUGCAUGAUCUGUUAAAAUGACAGAUUUUUACCUACCUAAAAUAUGCUAUUUGAAACUAUACUGAGUUUGAUUUAUUUAAUUCUACCUUUCUGAGUCUCUUCAACUGAGAAGAUGUAUUGAAAUGUACUGUCAAAUAUUAUGAGAUCUGAUAUAGGGUUUCUCUUUGGUUUCUGGUCACAUUUGUAAAUGUCUUUAGAAAAGAACUUACUUUUUAUAACAAUCUUCACUAUCUGCUUGGCAUCCCCUCAAAGCUCUUCUUGCUCAAAACUGGGGGAGCAAAAGAGACCUUUAUACUGGUUUUAAAAGCUGCAGCUGGUCUGUUCCCAGGUGAAAAAACAUUUCCCAAAUGCCCCUUAUUUAUGUUGAUAAAUGGUUGAGACAACUAGUGAAGACAAGUGUUGAUGAGCUCUGACUUUGGGUUGAAGAGACCUGGAUUUGAAUCUGACAAGAACAAGAAAUGGUCAAUAUAAACUGUCAGAGCAUAAAAAAAACGAGGCCUAUGCAUUAUUGAAUACAGUGUUUAUGGUGUAUGCAGAGUGUCUUGUACACAGUGGGGACUCAUAUAUAAUUUUAAAACAUACUGAGCAUACUAUGUGCCAGGCCCCAUGCUUUGCCACCAUUAUCUACUUUAACCUAUACACCAAUCUCAUGAGGGAGAUUUCUGUGUCUUUACAACUAGGUAAACUGAGUCACAGAGAGAAACUGAGGAAUGGGAAGGCAGACAGAAAAGGAGAAGUAGAAAGUGGGGGACAGAAAGAGCAUAAACCAAGUGGCAUAAUAUUAAUACACUCAAGAAAAAUCUACAUUCAAGAACAUACUCUGUAUUAAUGUAUUCAGAAGUUAAAUAUAUUCAAAAGAAGAAUAAACCAUCCUUAGCUUUUGAUAAAUAGAAAUUCCUUCAAAUGAUUUGUGAAGACCACAUGAAAACCAGUCAACUACUGCAUCACAUAAAUCUUUAAAAGCUUGUGAAACUGUUCCAUCUAAUAGAAAUUGCUAUAGAUCUUAGAAGUUGGUAAUGUUAAUAAAGUGUUCAUUCAGAAAAUCCAUUAGUUUGCAGAUUGGCCAUUUGAUGAAUUGGCCAUUUGGCUACUUAGCUUGCAGAAAAUUGCUGGUGUCUCUUUUGAAAAUGGGCCUUCCAGAGGUAGAUUUAAGUCCUAACACAGGAUGAAAAGGAUGCCGGGGCUCUUCUGGCUGGGAUGCAUUUUAAGUUCUGUAAAGAAGUAAUGCUGUUAAGAUCUAAUUUGCCAAUAUGUCCUUCCACAGUUUCUUGGGCUUUCAAAGCCGAGGCUGUGCAGCUUAUAGUUACCAUUGUGGGGAGCAUGUGCUCUCCUCAACUGAGCUGCAAGUCAAAUGAUGAAGGUGGAUUAAUCUGAAUUGCUAUGGUCUUGAAUAAGUGUCAUGGGCCCCAUUGCCUUGCUGUGUCUGAGAACAUUCUCUGCCUUUUUAAGGGUCCUGGUCUUGCAUCUUUCAUGAUGCGCCAUUAUCUUGGUGCCCCAAGGCAUGAACAUCAGUUCAAAAGCUCAGAGGAAAGCAUCAUCCUGUGUCUACCUCUGCUGCAAUCAACCCUGAAGGGGGGUGGGGGCCAGAUGUCACAUGUGGUACAAACAUGGCUGGAAGACCAACAGUUCCCAGAGAAGUGGAGUCAUUGUGAGCUGGGCAGAAACUCCAAAAAGAUGUUAAUUAUAAGGAUCUUGAAGUCCAGCAGAGGUAACAAACUUAUAAAGAACUAACUUCAACCCAGGCUCAUAUAUGCCUAAUAGAGGGAAGCCUAGAGGUGGAUGGGUGUCAUCCUACUGGGUAUUUUAAAAACCAAUUUUGUUACAUUCAAUAUAUACAGUAAAAUGCACCCAUUUAAAAUGUAGAGAUCAAUGAGUUUUGACAGAUGUAUACACCCAUGUCAUCCCCAUCUCAAUCAAGAUAUAGAACAGUUCCAUCAACCCAGAAAGUUCCUCAUGCCCCCUCUACAUCCCAGGCAACCACUGAUCUGACUUCUAAUCACUACAAAUUACUUACGCUGAUUCUAGAACUUUGCAUAAAUGGAAUUAUAUGAUAUUCUUUUUUUUUAAUUUUGUCUACGAUACCCACGUUUCAACUGGGUUUAUCAUUAUCAUCAUCAUCAUUAUUGAAGUAUAGUUGACAUACAGUGUUAUAUUAGUUUUGGGUGUACCAUAUAGUGAUUUGACAGUUCUAUGCAUUACUCAAGGCUCACCAUGGUAAGUGUAGUUACCAUACAAUGUGAUUAUAAUAUUAUUGACUAUAUUCCCUGUGCUGUACUUUUCAUCUCCAUGACUUAUUUCACAACUGGAAUUUUGUACCUCUUAAUCCCUUUCACCUAUUUUGCCCACCUCGCCACCCCCCUCCCUUCUGGCAACCACCAGUUUGUCUCUGUAUUUAUGAGUCUCUUUCUGUUUUGUUUGUUUAUUUGGUUUGUUUUUUUAGAAUCCAUAUAUAAGUGAAAUAAUAUAGUAUUUGUCUUUCUCUGACUUAUUUUACUUAGUAUAAUAGGUCUUUCCUAGGUCUUUCCAUGUUGUUGCAAAUAGUAAGAUUUCAUUCUUUUUUUUACAGCUGAGUAAUCUUCCAUUGUAUCUUUAUCCUUUCAUCUAUCGGUGGACACUUGGGCUGUUUAUAUCUUGGCUAUUGUAAAUAAUGCUGCAAUAAACAUAGGGUAGGAUGUAUCUUUUCAAAUUAGUGUUUUUGUUUCCUUUGGGUAAAUACCCAAUAGUGGAAUUACUGGAUUUCUAUUUUUAAUUUUUUGAGGAACCGCCCUACUGUUUUCCACAGUAGUUGCACCAAUUUAUAUUCCCACCAACAGUGCACAAGUGUUCCCUUUUUUACACGCCUUCACCAACACUUGUUAUUUCUUGUUUUUGUUUUUUUGUUUUUUGAUACUAGCUGUUCUGAUUGGUAUGGGAGGAUAUCUCACUGUGGUUUUGAUUUGCAUUUCCCUCAUGAUUAGUUGAUGUUGAGCAUCUUUUCAUGCAUCUGUUGGCCUUCUACAUGUCUUUGGAGAAAUGUCUAUGCAGGCACUCUACCCAUUAAAAAAAAAUUUUUUUUUAAAGAUUUUAUUUAUUUGUUUGACAGAGAGAGACACAGCGAGAGAGGGAACACAAGCAGGGGGAGUGGGAGAGGGAGAAGCAGGCUUCCCGCUGACCAGGGAUCCCGAUGCGGGGCUCGAUCCCAGGACCCUGGGAUCAUAACCUGAGCCGAAGGCAGACGCUUAAUGACUGAGCCACCCAGGCACCCCUACUCUACCCAUUUUUAAUUGGAUUAUGUGUGUGUGUGUGUGUGUUUGAGUGUGUUGAAUUGUGUAAGUUCUUUAUAUGUUUUGGAUAUUAAGCCCUUAUUAGAUACAUGAUUUGCAAAUAUCUUCUCCCAUUCACUAAGUUGCCUUUUUCUUUUGUUGGUGGUUUACUUUGCUGGGAAAAAGCUUUUUAUUUUGGUGUAGUCCUAAUGUUUAUUUUUGCUUUUGUUUCUCUUGCCUGAGGAGACAUUUCCAUACAUUACUAAGGCCGAUGUCCAAGAGAUUACUGCCUAUGUUUUCUUUUAGGAGUUUUAUGGUUUCAGGUCCUACAUUUACAUUUUUAAUCCAUUUUGGGUUUGUUUUGGUGCUUGGUGUAAUAAAGUGCUCCAAUUUCAUUCUUUUGCAUGUGGCUGUCCAGUUUUCCCAGCACCAUUUAUUGAAGAGACUGUAUUAUCCCCAUUGUAUAUUCUUGCCUCCUUUGUCAUAGAUUAAUUGACCGUAUAAGAAUGAGCUUAUUUCUGGGCUCUCGAUCCUCUUCCACUGAUCUAUGUAUUUUUUGUGUGUGUGCCAGUCCCGUACUGUUUUUAUGACUACAGUUUUGUAGUAUAUCUAGAAGUCUGAGAUUAUGAUACUUCCAGCUUUGCUCUUCUUUUUCAAGAUCUUUUUUGCUAUUUGGGGUCUUCUGUGGUUCCAUACAAAUUUUAGGAAUAUUUGUUCUAGUUCUAUGAAAAAUGUUAUUGGUAUUUUGAUUAAAAUUGCAUUGAAUCUGUAGAUUGCUCUGGGAAGUAUGGACAUUUUAACAGUAUUAAUUCUUCCAAUCCAUGACCAUGAAACAUCUUUCCAUUUGUGUCAUCUUCAAUUUCUUUCAUCAUUGUCUUAUAGUUUUCAAAAUAUAGGUCUUUUACCUCCUUAGUUAUAUUUAGUCCUAGGUACUCUUUUUGGUGCGUCUACUCGGUUUUGAAGCCAGAGAGAGGGUUACACGAGCAGAGGAAGUGUGAGGGUAUUGCAGGGGUGGAGAUUUGUAUAAAAGAGCAGAGUGUGCUUAAAACAUCAGAAUUAGUUUGGUGUGACCCGAGCAUGCAGUCUGAGGGGGCAGUGGCAGGAGAGGAGCCUGUUUACAAUAUUGAAUUUUGCCUGAUCCCU